AGAAUAAUAAACACAGAAAUCCCGAAUAGAAUUCUCUUACCAUUUUCCUAAUUGCAAUAACAGAGCAUCGCUUCGUUACUCAAGUUUAUUAAAUCGACGUGCACGCUAUAUUGAGAUUACUUGCAAUCAAUACGCAUGCGCCUGACUGACGGACUGGAACAUUGAACACACGAAGAUCGAAUAGCACCCACUGUGGUAUUAUGAUGCCGUAAUUAUGUAAAGUAUCGUUUGUCUCGAAAAUAUGCGUAUAUCUCCGCGGAUGGUUUUCAGUUUAAUCCAGUCAGUGGUGGCCACCAUCUGAGUAGUGACAUCAUCGCGUGGGAUUAGACAGUGUAAAUAAGUGUUGCUAGCCGUGCGUAUAUGACAUGUGACACAUCAUCCUCAAAUGUCUUCCCCUAAAAGCAUCGAAUAUUCCGGCAAUUAUCAACGGUUCAACGAUGACACGAACGAACAGGACGUUUCGCAUCGACCCAGCCAAAAAUAUGGAUCUACGCUACCCUGUUCUUCUUUAAACAAUCAUACAAGCCCUCCUGCUGAAAGCACAAGAACGACUGAUCAAUUUAUUAAUAAAUUUGACACAGAUGAUGUGCAAAGAGAGACGGUAUCUGAAAACGCGAUACUUCCGUCGCACGAUUCGCUCGCGGAUCAUGAUUUGCACUGGGAAAUGAAUUAUCAUGAGGCUGCGAUAUUUCUGGAGGAAGGCAGAAACAAUGAAAAGUUCGACUCUCACCCGAAACAUCCAGGGGAUUUGCCGGCGUAUCUAUUAGUUCACAAUAACUGGUAUUAUGGAUUAGACCUGUUAACUUCCCUUCUGCUCUUGGCUUUGGCUCUUGUGGAAGAUCCAGCUGUGCCGCUGUUCAGCAUGCCGGUAUGGGCACACGGAUCUAUAGAACUCUUCGCUUUGAUAAUUAUAGGCACAGAAUUAGCUCUGAAGUUAAGAUGGAUCGGUUGGUCCACGAUGCUGAGACACAAACGGACGAUGUUGAAGUGUAUCACGCUGGUGAUCAUGUUCGUAGAAGCACUAACAGUAUUAGUGCGGCAGUCGUCGCACUUCCGCGUGACGCGCGCCCUGAGGCCCAUUUUUUUAGUCGAUACCAAAUGCUUCGGGGGCGUCCGACGAUUCAUAAGGCAAAUACUUUUAACGCUACCACCGAUUCUAGAUAUGUUGGGCCUGCUUUUAUUUUUCAUAACGCUUUACACAGUGAUGGGGUAUUACAUGUUCUCCGAUAUGAACCGGAAUUUCUAUACGCUGCAAGACAGUUUCGUAAGCCUCUUCGUCCUCCUGACCACUGCUAACUUUCCAGACGUGAUGAUGCCCUCGUAUUCCAAAAGUAAAUGGUACUCGAUAUUCUUUGUGUCUUACUUGUGCACGAUGUUAUACGUGAUGAUGAAUUUAAUGCUGGCGGUAGUUAACGUCGCGUUCACCGCAGCUGAACGCGACAAGUUCAAAAAGCUGUUUCUUCAUAAAAGGAAAGCGUCUCAGCAUGCUUUCAAGUUGUUAGUGUCAAAACAGAAUCCGGACAAAAUGCGAUUCCGCCAGUUCGAGGGACUGAUGCGGUAUUACGCACCGAAUAAAAGCCUGAGGGACGUCGUUUUGAUGUUCCAACAUUUGAACGCUUCGGGAAGCGGAGUUCUGAGCUCCGAGGAGUUUUUAAAUAUCUACGACACUAUCAUGCUUCAGUGGGAGCCGCAGUAUUCCACUGUACCUUGGUACCACAGCUCGUCCCGGCCGUUGCAGAUCCUCUGCACCGGCGCUCACGCCGCUAUCAGAUGGCCGUAUUUCGAAACUCUAAUGUAUGUGACAAUCGCUGCGAAUGGCAUCGCCAUGAUAAUAAGGAUAUUGCAACCGGGCGAUAUCGUUGAAAGUACACUGUUGUUUGCUGCGUCUUGGGACACUUUUAUUUUUGGAACUAUAUUCGUUGCCGAGGCGUUGAUUAAAGUGCUGGGACUUGGCACGAGGCGGUAUCUUAGUUCCGGCUGGAAUCUUUUCGAUUUAGGAACGUCGAUAAUGACUCUUGUCGCCGGUUGCAUUUUACGUCUCUUCUCCACGGCUACGUUCUUCGUUUUAUUCCGCCCGUUUCGGAUUCUGAGAUUGUUUAAAAUGAAAAAGAGGUAUCGAGACGUGUUUGGCACGCUUGUCAUUUUAACUCCUCUGAUGUCCUCCACCGCGGUAGUCAUGCUGGUUUUAUACUAUUUCUUCGCGAUCAUCGGAAUGGAAUUGUUCGCCGGGUACAACAUGCGAAACUGUUGCAAGAAUACGACAGUCGAAGAUUUUUACAAAUAUUCUGCUAACGAGAGCACCGCGUUAGGAUAUUACUAUCUGAACACUUUUGACAAUCUCAUAGACAGCGGGAUGACUCUGUUCGAAUUAACAGUCGUGAACAACUGGUUUAUUCAAAUGAACGCGUACGCAUUUACUGUCGGGAUGUACACGCGAUUGUACUUUAUGGUAUUUUACCUGGUGACGAUGAUCGUUCUAACGAUCGUCGUCUCCAGUUUCUUGGAAGCAUUCCGGUUUCGAAUACAUUAUAAGAAGUCAACAUCUAAACGUGAUGAGGAGAAAAUGCUUCACGAAGAAGUGGAGUUAAAGUGGGACGAGUUGCAAUACGUUAUAGAGGAUUUCCAGCUUUUAGAAAAAUUACGACCUUCUCUAGUAGUCGGCGGGACUACUGUUUUCAUUGGAUCGCGUCCGCGAACGAGGGAAGUAUUGCAAAGAAAGAUGUACACCAAUGAAAUUAAUGAGUGGGUCGCGGAAGCGAGGCAGGCAGAGAGUAGACAAAUUUUAUUGAACGAAGCUCAUAGUUCGGAGGAACUUUGUAGAGAAGAGCCGAUCACCGAAUCAGAUCAUUUAGGAUUAACAGAGAACUUGCGACGUCCGCGCCGUAGAACGUCGAACGUUGUAUAGUAGUAAUAGUAAAUUAAAUUUCAGUUACUUCCGCGUCACAUAUGAUUUCAUGAUGGAUUGUAAUAUAAAACUUCGCUGAUAAGUAGCAAUAAAUGUAGUCAUGAAAUUUCUACCAAAAAACGUAAAAUAAAAAUGAACGUGAUAUUUAA